GUAAAGAGACCACCGCCUCGCUAUUGUCUCCAGGACUGCCAAGUUUAUUAUAAACACACUACAGCCGCUCAGGCGGAGCAUUGCGCUGUCGAACAGAACUCGGGAUAGUGAGGAGCAGUCAGGGAGAAGAGCGCGAGGGGCGUGGAUGCUUGAGCAGGAGAAAAAGGGGUUGCGACGCAGGCAGGCAGAUAGACUAAGCGCUGUCAGGAGCAAAAAGCUGAGGGACGCAUAGCUUGAUCCAUUUGGACGGUACUGAAUACUGCAGAUCAGAUCAGAGGUCUUGCCAAUUCAUAAAAAAUUGGAAUCUCUUUACGUCCCGGUUUCAACCCGUCAUUGUAUGCUCAAGACUUCAUUUACGCCCGUGAAAAGCACUCGCUUGAGAGUUUGCCUUGCCGUUUCUCCAUGUACAAAAUGGAUUACUCUUACCUGAAUACCUACGAUUCCUGCAUGGCAGCCAUGGAAGCGUCGGCCUAUGCGGACUUCAACUCCUGCAGUCAAGCCAACACCUUUCAAUACAACCCUAUCCGGACCAGCUUCGGAGCCAAUCCAGGUUGCCCUCCCCUCAGCACAGGUAGUUGUACGCUGGGAGCACUUCGAGACCACCAGCCUGCUCCGUAUUCCACAGUACCCUACAAGUUCUUCUCUGACCCGUCCGGGCUUAACGAGAAGCGGAAGCAGAGGCGCAUACGUACGACGUUCACCAGCUCUCAACUGAAGGAGCUGGAGAGAGUGUUCGCGGAGACGCAUUAUCCAGAUAUCUACACAAGAGAAGAGCUGGCACUUAAAAUCGACCUUACCGAGGCUAGAGUUCAGGUGUGGUUCCAGAACCGGCGUGCCAAAUUCCGAAAGCAGGAGCGUGCGGCCAACUCUAAAGGCAACAACGGCACGGGGAACAAUGGCAACGCGAGCACCAAGAAAGGUGAGACCAGGACCUCAUCAGAAGACGAUGAGUCAAAGGAGUCCACCUGUAGCCCGACCCCGGACAGCACGGCAUCUCUUCCCAGUUCAGGGAACAUGGGCAGUCCUGGCAGCAGUCUGAGCCCCAGCCCGGUGUCCGCUGCAGGAGCUGGCUUUGUCAACACCUCCUCCUCCUCUGUACACCAGGGGCUCAAGGCCCCAAGCUGGCCCGGUCUGGGCUCCGCUAGCACUGGGGUGGCCCCCGCCGGGCCGCAGGGCUCCGACCUGCUGAAGGCCUGGCAGCCUGCGGACAGUAUGGCCGGACCCUUCGCCGGGGUCCUGUCCAGCUUCCAUCGGAAACCCAACGCCCUGAAGACAAACCUGUUCUAGAACUUGCCUCCUUUGAGCUGGACUCCCUUUUAUUUAUUAUCAUAUGGACUCAGAGUGACAGGUGUGGGCGUGCAUGGGCCUAUGUACAUGCGUUAGGGGUUUGUCACAGAAACAUUCCACCCAUGCACCUAAGCUGUAUAAUUUCACCAAACUAGAGUACAGGCUGAGAAACCAUGCAGACACAACAGGUUUGACUCUCAUUUACUUCCUCUUCAUUUAUAAAUAGGAUGCGAUUGACAAGGUAAUGCUGGCCGAAGCUGCUUGGUACAUAGCCAUGAAUCACCAGACGUUCGUUCGGCACUUACGCUGCACUGACCACAACCCUCCACCCCCCAAAUUCAUUCAUCUCAAUUUGAAUUUCAAUUGGUGAAAAACAAACAAAACAGGUAUUUAGAGAGACAGAAAAAAGAAAACCUUAUUGUUACCAGCAAGCACAACUUCCCUUUGUAAUAGAGCUGGAGAAAAAAAAAUCCCCAAAUCCAAUUACCCAACGCUGUUUUUUUAAAGUAUUAACAAAGUAUCAGUCAGCAGACCGCUUUCCUUUCUCCACUUAAAGCCACUGGCUACUUCCCUGCUCCCUUUGCAGCCUCUUCAGGAGUGCUGGUUCACCUUUGACCCACUGCACUAACAUGCCCCUCUCUGCUAUCCCGUUCAGCAGCAGUAGUGGGGUCAGUGUCCCCAGUCACCACUAGCUUGCAGCCGAGGAUGCCUUGCUGUAAUAACGGUUAUGAACUUGAGGAUUUUUCUAAAGCAAUAAUCCAGAAGAAAAUUACAGUGAAAGGUAAGAGCGACACGGCUGGCUACUGUGCUGGAAGCCCCAGGCGUAGCGACAGACAGCGGCUCGGCCUCGUUCCUACGUCCACCAGUCAUGGCUAUUCCUCCGGUCCACCAAACGGCAACACUCUGUCCCUUUCACACUACUGCCUACAGAGACACGCCCUAACACGUCUCCCAUCUCAAUUUCCUUUCAUAAGCUAUACCUGUACGUGACCAAAAAAAUAAUAUAGUAAUCCAAUAUAGUAAUAAUUUAUUAAAGUCAAAAAAGAAAGAGUAACAGUAAGUGUGACCUUUAGUUAUGGUCUGGUUUUUUAAAGAUAGGUAUAAAAUAUUGCAAGAUGAAAAUAAUUUGUAAAUAUAAUAUAAGGGUAGUGCAGUUCUACUUCACAGUGGCGAUCCUGACAUUCCAAAGACCGUGCGAUGCAAGCUCACAGUGCAGACGAUGGCGGCUGGGUUUCUCACGCCUGCUCUCCAACCCCUUCCUUUCCCAAGGCCCUUCCUCUGUGCGUAACCCUUUCUAUACUGUGUCCACACAAUGUUUGUAUCCAGUCUUAGAGGAGAAAGUACACAUUUAUAGCACUAGUAUGUAAACGCAUAAAAACAUUUCCUCUGAAAUACCGCCUCUAUCCCACGCAUCCUUGUGUCUUGUGAAAAAGGGUGUUGGUGAUAUUACUUCCCAGCUACAACCUAGAGAAAAAAAUAUUAGUUACCUUCUUGGUCCAGAUAAAGACAAAAAAAGCCCAUCAAGAUUUUAUUCAGGAAAUAUACCAGACUACUUACUUAUAAUGCGGCACUUACGGUACAAACCAGGUCGUUCACAGUUCAUUACCGUCAUAACAUACAUACACGAAAGCACUGCUUCAUGUGAGCAGGUUUCUCAAAGGCUCAAAUGGUGGAAUAUUUGCUUGUCAUGGAUUAUAACAUUCCACCAAAACUUUGCUACAUCAUUUUUAUUUGUUAAAAGUGUGAUAUUGAUACAGUAUCUGUGAUGAACCUUAUAGAUUUUGUUUCCCUCUCUACUGCAAUGGGAUCGUUGAAAAGGGAAACAGACGAGAGCUCAAAUGAGCAUUUUUCUGUCAACUAUACAGAUAUUUAGUAAAUUAUAGAAGCCGUGAAGUGGCAUGCAAAUGCAAUGCGGUCGUGCACUGGGUGUUUCUCUGAGGUGUUGGGUAAGCUCCAUUCAUGAUGUACAUUUUCUGGUUUAAGAGGUUCUGAUCGGUGUAAAAAGAGAACAGAAUACAAACGAGCUAAUUAUGUGCUGCACAGGACUCUCCAAAGCUGCUAAAGAUCUCACACUGAAUUGAGGAAAAAAUGCUAUUCACAUGCUUUGUCACUGUAGGUUUUUUCUAAUGUACUGUAUGAUAAAUGUCACAUAAAGUAUUAAACCACU